CUCUGAAUUAGCUCUCGUCUUUCAGGGUUCCUUCCAGUCUCCGCCGCAACCGCCUAUUCUUGUUGGGGCCUACCAUUUUCUUCCUCUUCGCUUCCAAUCUCACUGCGCUUGCUGAAACGCUAUCCUGGACUGAGACGCGUCGUCGCGUACCAGCGACCGGUAGUUCAGCUUACUUAGGCCCACCCUCUUUCAUCCAACUUUUAUUUGUUGCUAUCUAGCACUUUUCGUGCAGCCUCUACGCUCACUUGCAGCUAUCCGCUAGGCACGUUUGUGUCAAUGGGCUGCAUCAAUGGCGGGCUCCAGGCGAUCCAGAAUUGGUGAGGUGGAGUCAGACAUGAAUAAACAUGAACUUCAACCAUCACCGCCAGAGGUUGUGGAGGAUGCUGAUGAAGCCUCUCAACCUUCCCCGCCCGCCAACCGUGCAACCAAAGCAUACUGCAAGAAUUGCCAGAAUUGCAUUGGAGAUUUCUACAAUUCCUGGUACAAGGUCACCGGCAGCUACUUCGUACCCGCGCUGCUCGGUUCUUACAGUUCCAUCCUACAACCCAUGGGCAAACUAAAAGCGGCAUCAAAGGGCACCGAAUUAGCAGGAUGUACCAUUCAGCCCUUAUCGUGCCCCAACCCCAAUUGUGUAAAGACAGCUAUCGGAUUCACUGUUGUCACCGCACCUGCUGGAAAGGGGUCUUUUCGUGGUCGAGAUUUUUUCAAGCUUGGUCGCAUAGAACUGCAAUGCAAGACAGCAGCAAAUCAUACCAUUGUAGUCGAGCCUGAAGUGGAUGCCUCACAAGACCUACUGGCGAACGAAGACACCCCAAGUCCUCCCUCGUCGAGGGCAACACCAAAGGCAUCCUCAGCUGAAGCUAUGGAGAUUGACUCACGUGCGCCAUCUGUAGAUCGCCCAGAUCAUACUCGCGGUCGGUACGAGCCAUCCCAAGACCGUGGUUUACAACAGCAGCACCAGCAGUCGUUGCAUCCUGUCGAAGGCAAUGCACUGUCAUUGACAGCACCAUCAUCGAAGCAGGGUUCUUCGAUGCGCAACUCUCCACACGCUUUUGCUCAAGACGCGCUGAGCGCUGCAUCGCGUUCAACUUCCCCCUACCGUCAAGAAGCUCAUAGGUCUCACCAAGGGUCUGGCGUUGAGUCAAUGAGCGGUCCACCUGAAGUGCCAACAAUGGUCCCUCAGACCAAUGGCCAUCACUACCCUCGUUCGCCAGAGGACGUUAGCAUAGACGCUAUGGCGCGUCUACAGACGCAAAUGUCCCACAACAGUGGCGCCUUAGCUGCCCACACCCGCGACAUUAGGCUUCACCAGGAGAGGAUGGACCAAACAGAAGAAACACUGCGUCAAGAGUUCCAGGCCAAGUUUCUUCGGCAAAAUGACCAUAUCAAAAGAGUGGAAGCGCUGGCUGAAAGACUACAGACUGAGAUGCAAGGCAUGCGCCAUGCCAUGGAAAACAUCAAUCAUGAGUUGUAUGCGAUCAGGAUGGAGAGGCAAUCAGGAGCUUCGGCUACACCCCAUGCCGCUCCAUCUUUCGCGGCUCAGAAUGCGGCAUUAGAGCAAAUGGCGCAGCAGAUGAAUGUCCUGUCGCAUAAGGCGAGUGAUGUAGAUCUCAUCAGUACUACUAUUGAGAUCAUGAAGGGUAAAAUCUAUCGACUCGAAGAGCGCGCCGGACCCGAGCCCUCACAAGCACCACCAUUUACGUAUCAGGCACCACCGGGAUCGAUAGCGCCGCCAUCGCACUCGCAUCAGAGUACACCAACGAUGACGCCAAACAAUAGAGCACCCCAGCCAGUAUCCAAUGGCCAGCAACAGCAGUCGUCGUUCGUAGCUCCUUCCACUAUGACGGCACCCAUCAACGCGCCGAAUGUCACAAACGCUCAGUCCGCCGGAAGUCAGGCUGGUGGGUGGGCUACCAUCAACGCGGGAGUGAAACGAACACAUCCCAACGGCGUUGAGACCCCACAGGAAGCCAACACUCACACACCUGGCUCCCCCAAGAGGCAGAGACUGGUCGAUAACGGUGCAUCAGGCUACACAGCCUCGCAACAAGCUCCCACGACAGACCAUCGCUUUCAAACGCCUACCGUACCGUCCCAACAAACUGUACCCGAGUCUGUUCUCGGCUCACAGUCACAACAGUCUUCGUACAUGCCUUACGCUACACAAGAUGGCCCUUCGGAUGCCAGCUGGCAACCCGAGUCCCAGCGUAUGAUCGAACACCGGCCGCGUGGGCGUCGUGGCGGGGGUCCUGGAAGUCGAGGUGGCAGAGUUAGGAAGAGUAUGCCAGCCCAAGGCACACUCGGAACUCCUGAGUGGGAAAGGAGUGGUUGGCAAGGUGUUCCCGAUUCGCAAAUCAGCCCAUCCGGAUACUACCACCACGUCGCGCAGCCAGGACGAGGGGGCAUUGCGCGGCGAGGCAGUGGCGGUGGAGGUGGUCGUGGCGGCUACUCAACCAGCGACCGUGCCAGCAGUCUAGGUUUACAAGGUGUGACAGCUGCUAUGAGCUUUGGCUCGCCGGGCGACAUGUUUGGAUCCGCCAAGAAGACACGCACCAAGCCUAUUAGAAAUGCAGAUGGGGUCUUGAUUCGCAAAGACGGCCGCCCAGAUAUGCGCUCACAAUCCUCAGCAGCUAACCUCCGUAAGGUGCAUUCGCGAACUGAAGGCGAAGCAAGCCACUCACCCACUGGCUUCACACCUACCAACCAUCAAUAUGCAGCCUCAGCAAAUGCACCGGACACGCCGAGUCCAAACGGUUACACAGCGGAUCCAAGCGCUUCCGACAAACACAAUGCCAUAAUGGGUAAGAUGUUUCCCGCUGGUGUCGACGCAGCACGGAAACAACAAGACUACACUCGUCAAGUCUUUGAAGAAAACACCGAUCAUACCGUCCACCCACGGUCGCAGAACCACGCACCCACAACAAAGUCGGCAGUCCAAAUAAAGAGGGAGCAGGUUGAGCGGAACCGAAUCUCCGAGACACAAAGUCCGCGGGUCCAGGAAACAGACGUUGACAUGGAUACAGGGGAAGAUCAUGCAGACGACGAGCGUCAUACACCUGAGGAAGGGAGCAGUCACCACGAGGGCGGUGUAGGACUUGAAGACCAGACUCAGGAUACGAAUAUGCAGGAAGAACGCGGCACAAGAGCUGCCUCACAGACUAGUCCGGAAGAUAAAGCAGCUGAAAAGUCCCGUAAACUCACCUAGGCGAGCCGAUCCAACCCGAAGACAGGGCGCAAUAUUAUGUGAGGGUAAAGAGAAAGUAAAUUCUUUGUUUUGUAUUAGUACUUGGUAGACUAUCAGUAGUGUCAGUUGAUACGAAGAGAUUUCACA